CUGGCUAUUACCACUAGUUGGUGUGUCGUAUUGGCAUCUAUAACGAUUCACUAUCGUUUAUCUAGUCCAAUGUAUAAUAUUCUUUAGAUUUAGUAAGCAAGAUUUAGACAGUCAUACGAUACACCACAAUCAAAAUGACCGAAGAAGAUUUAAUUCCAGAAACUGGCGCUGUAUUCACUUAUGGGAAAAGUGAAUUUGCCGAUAAUAUUCCUAGUCACUUCUUUAUCCGAAACGAUCCUGUAGUGGAGAUAAGUUGUGGAGAUGAACAUUCGGGUAUUGUUUGUCGAAAUGGACGUGUGUUUUGUUUUGGGAGAAAUACUUUUGGACAGCUUGGAUUAGGACAUAAAGAAAACGUUUAUAAACCCAAUUGUGUGAAAAGUUUAAAGCCAGAAAAAAUAAAGCAUGUAGCAUGCGGUCGGUCACAUACUAUUGUUUCAACAGAAAACGGAGUUAUUUAUGGAUUUGGUGACAACAGUAAUGGACAACUUGGACAGCCAGUUUCUACUGAUGGUAGUAGCAUACCCAUUCAAAUAACAAAAUUUGACGAUAAUAUCAUUCAAUUAGCGGCUGGAUCACAUCACACUGCGGCUCUGAUAGAAAAUGGAGAUGUUUAUGUUUGGGGAUCAAACAGUGAAAAACAAUUGGGUGUCGAAUGUUCAAAUGGAUCAUUUUCUGUGCGGACUCCAACUAUAGUGUCGAUUUUCCAGCCAGUUGUAUACAUAUCUUGUGGGUCCAACCAUUCAGCAUUCGUCACAAAAACUGGAGAUUUACAUACAUGUGGAAAUCGAGAGUAUGGUAAAUUGGGUCAUGAUUUUUUAUCUCUUCAUAAAGUGGAUUUUACAGAAAGAAUUAUUCAAGUGUCUUGUGGGGCAAACCAUACAAUCGCUUUAAAUGAUUCAGGAAAAGUGUUUGUUUGUGGUAUCAAUGACUGUGGUCAGAUAGGUUUAAAAGGAGUCACGUCUCAAGGACAUCUCUACCCUUGUUCAAUAACCAACGAAAGAAUAGUCAGCAUAAAAUGUGGAGACAAUCAUUCGGCUUUCAUAACGGCUUCCGGCAAAUUAUUUACAUGUGGUGAUGGAAAAUAUGGUAAACUCUGUGUAGAGGUUGACAAAGCUUCGAUACCUGUAUUAGUCACUGAUUUUGUUAACAGACAAUUAAAAGUUCAAAUGGUCAGUUGUGGGGCUAAUCAUACUCUGGUUCAUGCUGAACCUGCUGAAGACGAUCCACAGGCUGACAAUUUUCAAAUAAAAAACACGCUUCAUGAAUCGCUCCCGCCUUUAAAAAUUCAGAAAAAAACGCCAGAAAAGUGCAAAGAACAAAUAAACGUUUCUCAACCUUUGCUAAACGAAAAUGAAGAAAAAAAUUAUGUUGUCAAAGACAGUUACAAAGAAAUAAUUGUGCCAACUACAAAUCAAUUAAAUUCUUCAAAAGAUAAAAUUAAUGAUCACCACAAUGCAGCAAAUGAAACUAUCAACAAAUAUGUUAAUGAAAAGUCUACAGUUACACAAAGAAUAGAUAAUAACCAGUCAAUGAACACCAAUGACGAACAAUUAGAAGUAAAAAAUAUAAACAAAUUCAAGUACCCUAAAAACGCUCGUGUAAAGUCACGAUUAUGUGCUAUCUUGUAAUUGAUGAUUUUGUCAACAACUAAUAGUCAGUUCACAUAAAUAUCGGAACGAGUUUUUAUCAUGACAAAAGGACUAGCUAUAAUUUUUGUAAACAAUUAUUACAGUAUCACAUGUUUACAACAUUUAUACGGUGUAACUUAUGUUCUCUUUUAAGUAUUAAUUUUUAAGUAUUAAGUAUUAAUUUUAAAACACGUUAUGUAGAAGAAAAUUACACUAUGAUUUUCGCUAAUUAAGUUAAAUGAAUAAUUAUUUUUAUAAGAUAUCUACAAAUAAAUAAAUGUGCUAUUUUUUAUAAAAAAAAUAAGAUAUAUUUGAAUAAUUUAUUGUUUUAUGUGUUUUAAUUAAAAAAACACCAAUACAAUCGAUACAAAAAGUGGGAACCAGUACAGACAGAAUUAUUACAGUAAAUAAAAUUAAUAAAUAAUGCUUAAAGAAUGUUCGAUGAUUUUUA